CGGCUCCACUUUUCCCCUUCUCUGAAAGAGCGUUGUGUGAACAGAGAAGCCGCUUUUUGUGGCGAAACUAAAAGCUCCCCGAAACCAGAAACUAACCAAUGAAUCAAAACGCAACUUGUCCGUGAGAGGCCAGUAGAGGACUGUGUGGAAGAUUAGCGCUAGUGUUCCAGCGGCAUGGAGUUUCCGCAACAGCAGAAAGCGCCGGCCGACGGCAAGAUCGUUUACCCGCUCGGAGUGAAGGAGAUCACGGACAAAAUCAGCAACGAUGAAGUGGUCAAACGGUUAAAGUUGGUGGUGAAGACGUAUAUGGAUAUGGAUCAGGACUCCGAGGAGGAGAAGCAGCAGUACCUGGCUCUUGCACUACACCUGGCCUCAGAGUUCUUCCUGCGGAACCCUAAUAAAGAUGUUCGGCUGCUCGUGGCCUGCUGCCUCGCAGAUAUCUUCAGGAUCUAUGCCCCUGAAGCCCCUUACACCUCUCACGAUAAACUCAAGGAAAUUUUUCUGUUCAUCACACGUCAGCUGAAGGGUUUGGAGGACACAAAGAGUCCCCAGUUCAACAGAUAUUUCUACCUACUGGAGAAUCUGGCUUGGGUGAAGUCGUAUAAUAUAUGCUUCGAGCUGGAGGACUGUAAUGAAAUUUUUAUUCAGCUUUUCAAAACUCUCUUCUCCGUUAUCAAUAACAGCCAUAACCAGAAGGUUCAGAUGCACAUGCUUGACCUGAUGAGCUCCAUCAUAAUGGAGGGUGAUGGAGUAACCCAAGAGCUGCUGGACACCAUUCUCAUUAACCUCAUCCCUGCACACAAGAACCUGAAUAAACAAGCAUAUGACUUGGCCAAGAUGUUGCUCAAGAGGACUGUGCAGACCAUUGAAACGUGCAUUGCCUCAUUCUUUAAUCAGGUGUUGGUGAUGGGCAAGUCCUCUGUGAGUGAUCUGUCAGAGCAUGUGUUUGACCUCAUACAAGAGCUGUUCGCCAUCGACCCGCUGUUGCUCGUGUCCGUCAUGCCACAGCUUGAGUUUAAGUUGAAGAGCAAUGAUGGAGAAGAGCGAUUAGCUGUUGUAAAGCUGUUGGCUAAACUCUUCGGUGCAAAAGAUUCAGAACUGGCCACCCAAAACCGCCCACUCUGGCAGUGCUUUCUGGGAAGGUUUAAUGAUAUCCAUGUGCCUGUGAGACUGGAGUGUGUGAAGUUUGCCAGCCACUGCCUCAUGAACCAUCCAGACUUGGCUAAGGACCUUACAGAGUACUUGAAGGUAAGGUCACAUGACCCUGAAGAGGCAAUCCGCCAUGAUGUCAUUGUGACGAUCAUCAAUGCUGGGAAGAAGGACCUGAACCUGGUGAACGACCAGCUGCUGGGCUUUGUCCGAGAGAGAAUGUUGGACAAAAGGUGGCGUGUUCGUAAGGAGGCGAUGAUGGGUUUGGCACAGCUAUAUAAGAAGUACUGCUUACACCACGAGGCUGGCAAAGAAUCGGCUCAGAAAAUCAGCUGGAUCAAAGAUAAACUGCUGCAUAUAUACUACCAGAACAGCAUUGACGACAAGUUGCUGGUGGAAAAGAUCUUUGCACAGUUUAUGGUUCCUCACAGUUUGGAGACCGAGGAGAAGAUGAAGUGCUUGUAUUACCUUUACGCCUGUUUGGACGCUAAUGCCGUCAAGGCUCUAAAUGAGAUGUGGAAGUGUCAGAACAUGCUGAGAGGGCUUGUGAGGGAACUUCUGGACCUGCAUAAGCUGCCCAUGUCUGAAGCAAACACAACAGCCAUGUUUGGAAAGCUCAUGACCAUCGCCAAGAAUCUGCCUGACCCAGGGAAAGCUCAGGACUUCAUGAAGAAGUUUAAUCAGGUUUUGGGUGAAGAUGAGAAGCUGCGGCUGCAGCUGGAGCAGCUCAUCAGCCCGACCUGCUCCUGCAAACAGGCCGAGCAGUGUGUGAGAGAGAUAACGCGCAAGCUGACGUACCCCAAGCAACCUACCAACCCCUUCCUGGAGAUGGUUAAGUUUCUGCUGGAGAGGAUUGCACCAGUGCACAUUGAUUCGGAGGCCAUCAGUGCCCUGGUGAAGCUUUUGAAUAAGUCCAUUGAAGGCACUGCUGAUGAUGAAGAUGAGGGAGUUACUCCUGACACUGCCAUCCGUGCUGGACUAGAACUACUCAAAGUUUUGUCUUUCACCCACCCAACGUCAUUCCACUCUGCUGAGACGUACGAGUCUCUUCUGCAGUGUCUCAAAAUGGAGGAUGAUAAAGUGGCAGAGGCGGCCAUUCAGAUCUUCAGAAACACCGGCCAGAAGAUUGAGAGCGAGUUGCCGCAGAUCAGAUCGACUCUUAUUCCCAUACUUCACCAAAAAGCCAAGAGAGGGACCCCACACCAAGCCAAACAGGCAGUGCACUGCAUCCACGCCAUCUUCCACAACAAAGAAGUCCAGCUGGCUCAAAUAUUUGAGCCAUUGUCUCGUAGUCUGAACGCUGAUGUCCCAGAGCAGCUAAUCACUCCUCUCGUCUCUUUGGGUCACAUCUCCAUGCUGGCCCCGGAUCAGUUUGCUUCACCUAUGAAGUCCAUUGUAGCCAACUUCAUUGUAAAAGAUCUGCUGAUGAAUGACAGAUCUGUGGGCAGUAAGAACGGUAGACUGUGGACAACUGAUGACGAAGUUUCCCCUGAAGUGUUGGCAAAGGUUCAAGCCAUUAAGCUGCUGGUGAGAUGGUUGUUGGGGAUGAAGAAUAAUCAGUCUAAAUCAGCCAACUCCACUCUCAGACUGCUCUCGGCAAUGCUGGUCAGCGAGGGGGACCUAACGGAACAGAAAAAGAUCUGUAAGUCAGAUAUGUCUCGGCUAAGACUGGCAGCAGGCAGUGCCAUUUUGAAACUGGCACAGGAACCCUGCUACCACGACAUCAUCACACCAGAACAGUUCCAGCUCUGCGGACUGGUCAUUAAUGACGAGUGUUACCAAGUCCGUCAGAUCUUUGCUCAGAAGCUCCACAUGGCUCUGGUGAAGUUGCUGUUGCCCCUGGAGUAUAUGGCUGUUUUUGCUCUGUGCGCUAAAGACCCAGUUAAAGAGAGACGUGCCCAUGCCAGACAGUGCCUACUGAAAAACAUUAGCGUCCGUAGGGAAUACAUCAAACAGAAUCCCAUGGCCCAGGAGAAGCUCUUGUCCCUUUUGCCAGAGUAUGUGGUGCCGUAUAUGAUCCAUUUGCUGGCACACGACCCGGACUUUACAAAGCCACAGGACUUUGAACAGCUCAGAGACAUCAAAGAGUGCUUGUGGUUCAUGUUGGAGGUGCUGAUGACGAAGAAUGAGAAUAACAGUCACUCGUUCCUAAGAAAGAUGGUGGAAAACAUCAAGCAGACAAAAGACGCUCAAGCACCUGAUGAUCCAAAGGCCAACGAGAAACUGUACAUCGUUUGUGAUGUGGCACUGUUCGUCAUCACAAAUAAAAGUACUUCCUGUCAUUUGGACUCGCCGAAAGAGCCUGUGCUGCCCGUUAAGUUCUUCACUCCACCCGAUAAGGACUUCAUCAACGACAAGGACUAUCUGUCUGCUGAGGCCAGAAAUGUCCUGCUCACUGGAAAAAUUCAGCAACAGCCGAAGCAGACGGGAGUGUUGGGAGCAGUGAACAAGCCUUUAGUGGUUACGACAGUACGCAGACCUUAUACUAAAUCCACAGUUUCCAACAGCGGAAGCAAUGCCAGCACAAACUCCCAGCCUGUUUCUCCGGCAACUCCGAAGAACAAGGACACGAGUUCUAAUGCAUCAGAAGCAGGAGCAAGAGAGAACGAAGAGAAUCCACAGAUCGUCAAAGCGGAUGGUGGAAAGAAGGAGGAAGCAACAUCACCGGCUCAGGUGAGCGGGAGAAAGCGGACCACUCCAGCGACUGACGGAACGGAGAACAGCGUGGCCUCAAACCCCGUUGCAGCAUCACAGCCUCCUCCUAACAAACCUCGCCGAGGCAGACCCCCUAAAAACCCGGCAGCGGCAGCCAACAAAGAGAAAGAGGUCACAACCACACCUGGGAGUGGAGCUGGUCGGGGCAGAAAGAGAGCAGCACCCUCCCAGGAUUCCACCUCGACAGCCUCAGCUGAACCAAUCAGUGUCAAGAUACCAAAACAGAAAGAAUCGGAUUCCAAGCGGGCAGGACAACAGAGGCAGAUCGACCUGCAAAGGUAAAGCGACGGUCUACAAAAGUCCGGCUGUAUAGCCUCAGUGCCCAGUAGAUGCCCUAUUUACACACAAACGCUCUUUGCUUCUGACGUGAACUGCACACACGAUUCCACACACACGCACACGUACUUGAAAACAGAAGUGUGUGAGGGCAACACAUUCACACACCACCUGCGACCCUCAACUUAAGACGAAUGAGGAUUGAGAUGUUUGUUUUCUUGUUUUUUUUUAUUCUGUUGAGCGUUACGAUACACAGACACAACACUGUUCCCUCUUACGAUGUUUCAUUUCUUUUUUCACACUGUCUGGAGCCAAUUUUUAAAAAUGAGUAUUUGGAAGUAAGACAGUUUUAAUCUAGUAUAUCAUUGCUUAUUAAAUGCCUGGAAAGAUU